AUGGCAAAACCAUACCCUUUUGAAAUUCGAAAUUUAAAGCCUCAUGAAGCAGAAAAACUGAAAGCAUUUUCUGGUGAAAAGACAGGUUUUAUACGCAUAGGACCAAAAGGAUAUGUCCUUGCACACCGAUUUUUGGAAGUAGCAGCAGACAUAUAUAACAUGGAAAUUCGACCGAGUGAUGUUUUUGUCAAUACAUACGCACGAUCAGGGACCACCUGGACACAAGAGUUGGUUUGGCUCGUCGCAAACAACUUGGACUACGACACUGCAAAAUCAAUUUUACUAUGGCAAAGAUUUCCAUUUUUGGAAUUUUCAUCGAUGUUCCACUCGGAAAUGAUACAGUAUUAUCUAGAAUAUAAUAAAGGAGAUGAGAAAAAGCAGAAGGAAAUUAAAAUGAUCACGACGCAUAUCGUGGACCAACUGGCGAUGGCGCCUUCCCCUCGUUUUAUAAAAUCACAUCUGCCGCUCUCCCUGUUGUCACCAAAUUUGCUUGACGCUAAAGUCGUGUACGUAGCAAGAGACCCCAGAGAUGUCAUCGUCUCAUUCUACCUAUUAAGCAGAUCAAUGACGUUCCUAGGAUGGACUGGUGACUUCAAAUCAUUUUGGGACUUGUUAAUUAACGAUUUACUGUAUUGGACACCGUUCUUUGAACAUCUGAAGGAGGCGUGGGAGAAACGUCAUCAUCCAAAUUUGCUCUUCAUGUUCUAUGAGGAACUAAAAAAGGAUUUACCGGCGAUGAUAAACCGUGUAUCCGAUUUCAUGGGGAAGAAAUAUAGUGAAGAUGAGGUGGCAACACUUUGUGAACAUCUCCAUAUUAAGAACUUCAAGAAAAACCCUUCUAUCAAUAUUGAAAUAUUUAAAGAACUCGGUAUCAACAAACCAGAUUCAGAUUUCAUCCGAGAAGGCAAAACAGACGGUUGGCGCGACUAUUUCGACGAAGAGAUGAUAGCACGGACAGAUAAAUGGAUGGAAGAAAACUUGCGGGAUACAGAUCUCCGAUUCCCAAGUGCAGAGUAG